GUAUGCUGGUGGUGUGAUUGCGCCGAGUGUUGGUGUAAGUUGGGUACUGACCCACUUGUGGGCUUCAUAUUUUAUAAUGCCGAUAUUGGACAAAUACCAGUCUGUAAUGCAGUGAUUAUUAAUAAUCAUCAGGUUCUUACUACAGCCAGCUGUAUCUCAUCUGCGAACUCCUACUCUUUAUCAGACCUCAUCCUGAUGGCAGGCACAGCAGAUUUAGAUACUGCUGACUUCUACAACUUCACUUCAUCGCAAGAACAUCCUGAUUACAACAGUACUACUUACUACCAUGACCUCAUCAUACUGCAGACAGAAAGGGACUUCAAAAUCUCUAAAAAUUUGUCAGCUGUUGAUCUCACGCAAUCUACCUCUUACGAAAACUGUUACAUAAGCAGCUGGUCUAUAAACGAUACGGUGUCAGAGUUACUAUACAGCCAAGUGUCUGUGAACUCGCAUUGUCAAACCGAUACCAACCAAAUUUUCUGUGCAGGAGAUGUGUCUGAUGUGGAUGACAGAGGGAGUCCUCUUGUGUGCAAUGGAGUGCUCAAAGGAAUCAUACCAGGUGUACCAGAUAUUGGACUCUUUACCAACAUAUCUACAAACUAUAAUUGGAUAGUCAAUCCAUCAUCAUCAACAACAACAUCUACCACUGAAAAAACCACCACAACAUCAACCAGACUACCAACUACCACAACAUCUACACCUGAACCAACUACCACAACAUCUACAACUACACCAACUACCACAACAUCUACAGCUAUGCCAACUACCACAGCAUCUACAGCUACACCAACCAUCUUAACAUCUACAGCUGAACCAAUUACCACAACAUCUACAUCUACAGCUACAGCUACACCAACUACCACAACAUCUACAGCUAUGCCAACUACCACAGCAUCUACAGCUACACCAACCAUCUUAACAUCUACAGCUGAACCAAUUACCACAACAUCUACAUCUACAGCUACAGCUACACCAACUACCACAACAUCUACAGCUAUGCCAACUACCACAACAUCUACAGCUACACCAACCACAUCAACAUCUACAGCUGAACCAAUUACCACAACAUCCACAUCUACAGCGACACCAACUACCACACCAUCUACAGCUAUACCAACUACCACAACAUCUACAGCUAUGCCAACUACCACAGCAUCUACAGCUACACCAACCAUCUUAACAUCUACAGCUGAACCAAUUACCACAACAUCUACAUCUACAGCUACAGCUACACCAACUACCACAACAUCUACAGCUAUGCCAACUACCACAACGUCUACAGCUACACCAACCACCUCAACAUCUACAGCUGAACCAAUUACCACAACAUCCACAUCUACAGCGACACCAACUACCACACCAUCUACAGCUAUACCAACUACCACACCAUCUACAGCUAUACCAACUACCACACCAUCUACAGCUACACCAACUACCACAACAUCUACAGCUAUGCCAACUACCACAACGUCUACAGCUACACCAACCACCUCAACAUCUACAGCUGAACCAAUUACCACAACAUCCACAUCUACAGCGACACCAACUACCACACCAUCUACAGCUAUACCAACUACCACAACGUCUACAGCUACACCAACCACCUCAACAUCUACAGCUGAACCAAUUACCACAACAUCCACAUCUACAGCGACACCAACUACCACAACAUCUACAGCGACACCAACUACCACACCAUCUACAGCUAUACCAACUACCACAACAUCUACAGCUAUGCCAACUACCACAGCAUCUACAGCUACACCAACCACAUCAACAACAACAUCUACCACUGAAAAAACAACCACAACAUCAACCAGACUACCAACUACCACAACAUCAACAACAACAUCUACCACUGAAAAAACAACCACAACAUCAACCAGACUACCAACUACCACAACAUCUACACCUGAACCAACUACCACAACAUCUACAGCUAUGCCAACUACCACAAUAUCUACAGCUACACCAACCACAUCAACAUCUACAUCUGAACCAAUUACCACAACAUCUACAUCUACAGCUACACCAACUACCACAACAUCUACAGCUACGCCAACUUCCACAACAUCUACAGCUACACAAACCACAUCAACAUCUACAUCUGAACCAAUAACUACAACAUCUACAGCGGAACCAAUUACCAUAACAUCGACAGCUACACCAACUACCUCAACAUCUACAGCUACACCAACUACCACAACAACUACAGCUACAACAACCACAUCAACAUCUACAGCUACGCCAACUACCACAACAUUUACAGCUACAUCAACUACCACAACAUCUACAGCUACACCAACCACCUCAACAUCUACAACUGAACCAAUUACCACAACAUAUACAUCUACAGCUACAGCUACACCAACUACCACAACAUCUACAGCUAUGCCAACUACCACAACAUCUACAGCUACACCAACUACCACAACAACUACAGCUACAACAACCACAUCAACAUCUACAGCUGAAACAACUACCACAACAUCUACAGCUACAUCAACUACCUCAACAUCUACACCUGAAACAAGUACCACAUCAUCUACAGCUAUACCAACCACCUCAACAUCUACAGCUGAACCAAUUACCACAACAUCUACAUCUACAGCUACAGCUACACCAACUACCACAACAUCUACAGCUAUGCCAACUACCACAACAUCUACAGCUACACCAACCACAUCAACAUCUACAUCUGAACCAAUUACCACAACAUCUACAGCUACACAAACCACAUCAACAUCUACAUCUGAACCAAUAACUACAACAUCUACAGCGGAACCAAUUACCAUAACGUCGACAGCUAUACCAACUACCUCAACAUCUACAGCUACACCAACUACCACAACAUCUACAGCUACACCAAAUACCUCAACAUCUACACCUGAAACAAGUACCAUAACAUCUACAGCUGAACCAAUUACCACAUCAUCUACAGCCACGCCAACUACCACAAAACCUACAGCUACACCAACCACCUCAACAUCUACAGCUGAACCAAUCACCACAACAUCUACAUCUACAGCUACACCAACUACCACAGCAUCUACAGCUACACCAACAACCACAACAUCUACAGCUACACCAACCACCUCAACAUCUACAGCUGAACCAAUAACUACAACAUCUACAGCUGAACCAAUAACCACAACGUCUACAGCUACACCGACUAUCACAACAUCUACAGCUACACCAACUACCACAACAUCAACAGCUACACCAACUACCACAACAUCUACAGCUACUCCAACUACCACAACAUCUACAGCUACACCAACCACAUCAACAUCAACAGUUGAACCAAUUACUACAACAUAUUCAACUGAACCAAUUACCACAACAUCUACAGCUGAACCAAUUACCACAACAUCUACAGCUGAACCAAUUACCACAACAUCUACAGCUGAACCAAUUACCACAACAUCUACAGCUACACCAACUACCACAACAUCUGCAGCUACACCAACUGCCAUAACAUCUACAGCUACACCAACUACAAUAACAUCUACAGCUAUACCAACUACCUCAACAUCUACAGCUUCCCCAACUACCACAAAAUCCACAACAAUACCAAUCACCUCAACAUCUACAGCUGAACCAAUUACCUCAUCAUCUACAACUCUAUCAACCACCACAAUAUCUACCACCAUACCAACUGCCACAACAUCCAUAACGCUACCAACCACCGCUACAUCUAGACAUCCUGAUAUCUCGACAAUAACAUCUUCUGGAACACCUAUGUCAUCUACAUCUGAAACAAUUUCAACUGAUGUCUUUACUUCAAGUCCUGAUGUCUCAACAUUGUCAUCUUCUGUAACACCUACAACUACAGAUAUGUCGUCCACAUCUGAAACAAUUUCAACUGAUGUCUUUACUUCAAGUCCUGAUAUCUCAACAUUGUCAUCCUCUGUAACACCUAUAACUACAGAUAUGGCAUCCACAUCUGAAACAAUUUCAACUGAUGUCUUUAGCUCAAGUACUGAUAUCUCAACAUUGACAUCUUCUGUAACACCUAUAACUACAGAUAUGUCAUCCACAUCUGAAACAAUUUCCACUGAUGUCUUUAGCUCAAGUACUGAUGUCUCAACAUUGACAUCUUCUGUAACACCUAUAACUACAGAUAUGUCAUCCACAUCUGAAACAAUUUCCACUGAUGUCUUUAGCUCAAGUACUGAUGUAUCAACAUUGACAUCUUCUGUAACACCUAUAACUACAGACAUUUCAUCCACAUCUGAAACAAUCUCCACUGAUAUAUUUAGCUCAAGUCCUGAUGUCAGUACAACCACAUCUUCAACAACAUCAGUAACAGACUCAUCACUAACAAUUACGACAGGCACAACUUCAAAUACAACCGUACCAACUGUUACAAGGGGAACGACUACUUCAAACAUGCCUGUUUCUACCACAGAUUCUACUAUAAUUACCAGCAUAUUACCUACAACAAGCCUGGAGACAUCUGUGACUGCAACAACUUUAAGUUCGGUGGAAUCGACUAGUGCUUCUCCUACGACAUCAUCAAAAACAAAUUUUUGGGAGAGAUAUGCUGUAAAAGAAAUAGUUAUUGUUGGGGCCUUAACGUGUGUUUCAGUGUUUUCUAUUUUAUAUUGUUUUAUUAAAUUAUUACCACCAAUUACAUAAUUUUAAAAAUUAUAUUCUAAAUUAUUCAGAUGGUAACCACCGAAGGCGUGAACAAUUUCUACAAUGUCUGUAUGCAAAAUUUGGUUGUUGGCCACAUUUUUAGACCCAAUCUGAAGAAAAAAACUUUGUGCGAAACACAAAUAUUUUGUUUAACAAAAACAUAUAGUCUCAUUGCUCUCUCUGAGAAACAUAUAUUAGUUCAGGUUCUAUGUGAAUUCUAUGUGAUUUUCUAGUAUUAAUACUUAAAAUAUAAAUGUAAACGAAAUUAUAAGUCUAGUCUUGGUAACAGAAAUGCAAAUCGGAAUUUUGCUUAUUAGUGUCAUGACACUCAGCCUAUUUGAAAUGCUUUCUUUUCUAAUGUAGUGUGCAUUUCAUAAAGGAUCUCACUAAUUCAAAAUGUCUUUAAUAUCCCAAAGAAAAUACCUCACUCAAUCUACAAUUAAUUCAAUUAGUGAAUUAAGUUUAUUUUAUAUUUACUUAAUAUUUAAUUGCUGUUAAUUGUAAAUAAC